GAAAAUGCAACCAAAGUGGAAAACUGCAAUCCUGAAGUCUGGGUGAACCUGGCCUGCACCUACUUUUUCCUUGGAAUGUAUAAACAAGCCGAAGCAGCUGGCUUGAAAGCUCCAAAAAGCCGACUUCAAAACCGCCUCCUCUUCCACCUGGCUCACAAGUUUAACGAUGAGAAGAAAUUGAUGAACUUUCACCAGAAUCUUCAGGAUAUCACAGAAGACCAACUCAGCUUAGCCUCCAUACAUUAUAUGCGAUCUCACUACCAAGAAGCUAUUGACAUUUAUAAGCGGAUACUGCUGGAUAACAGGGAGUACCUUGCCCUCAAUGUCUAUGUGGCCCUGUGUUACUACAAGCUGGACUACUAUGAUGUAUCUCAAGAAGUUCUGGCAGUUUAUCUUCAGCAAAUUCCUGAUAGUACCAUCGCACUCAAUCUUAAGGCCUGCAAUCAUUUUCGUCUGUACAACGGCAAAGCAGCUGAGGCAGAACUAAAAAGUUUGAUGGACAACGCUUCUUCAUCCUUUGAAUUUGCUAAAGAGCUCAUCAGGCACAAUCUGGUUGUCUUCCGAGGCGGCGAAGGGGCUUUGCAGGUUUUACCUCCCCUGGUGGAUGUCAUUCCUGAAGCCAGGCUAAACUUGGUGAUUUACUACCUUCGUCAAGAUGAUGUACAAGAGGCUUAUAACUUAAUUAAGGAUCUGGAACCCACUACACCUCAGGAGUAUAUCCUCAAAGGAGUGGUCAACGCAGCUCUUGGCCAGGAAAUGGGCUCAAGGGAUCAUAUGAAAAUUGCCCAGCAGUUCUUCCAGUUGGUGGGAGGAUCAGCCAGUGAAUGUGAUACAAUACCCGGGAGGCAGUGCAUGGCUUCCUGCUUCUUCCUGCUUAAGCAAUUUGAUGAUGUCUUGAUUUACCUCAACUCAUUUAAGAGUUACUUCUAUAACGAUGACAUCUUUAACUUUAAUUAUGCCCAAGCCAAAGCUGCAACAGGCAAUACCAGUGAGGGUGAAGAUCUUUUCUUGCUCCUUUUUUCUCACGAAUUUAAACAAUGCAUUUCUUAUAUAUUUAAAAAGCAUACUUUUUAAACAGAUAUCAUGAAUAAGAAGCCAAGACUGGCCUGGGAACUUUAUCUCAAGAUGGAGACCUCUGGUGAGUCCUUCAGCCUCCUGCAGCUCAUUGCCAACGACUGCUACAAGAUGGGCCAGUUUUACUACUCAGCCAAAGCAUUUGAUGUCCUGGAAAGACUGGAUCCCAACCCUGAAUACUGGGAAGGCAAGAGGGGUGCCUGUGUGGGCAUUUUCCAGAUGAUCUUAGCGGGGAGAGAACCCAAAGAGACCCUUCGAGAAGUCCUCCAUUUACUGAGAAGCACAGGUAACACCCAAGUAGAGUACAUCAUCCGGAUCAUGAAGAAGUGGGCCAAAGAAAACCGAGUGCCUGUCUAAGGUAGCUCCAGGACCGUAGGAAACGCCACCAGGACCCGCCACUUGGCGGUCGCACUGGAAAUCGUUUGCCUCCAGGUUAAUGUAAGAUGCAGGACGCUAUUACAUUGACAUUUUCCUUCCCUGCUCUUCAAGCCUCGAGGUCAGUGAAAGGCUUGCCUAGACCUUGCCUUCUGGCUGAACUCAGUGCCAUGGUCUGUGCCCUGGCCCCUGCGUGAUCCGACUAGCAAUAUGACUUUGGACUUGUCUGGUGCCUUUCUUCCAAAAGUGCCCGGAGGACUGAGUCAUCCACUGACUGUAAGGAGAACAGCAUCGCUCUGCUCUGCUCUGCUCUGCUCUGCUCUGUUAGCAUUCCAAGGCGUUUUCUCCCAGCUGCAAUAACAGAUGCCUUGAUGCUCCAGAGUCACCAUCACUCUGUCAUGUUAGGCAGAUGUCUCAGUACAUUAUCCUAGUUCACUGGGGAGCUCCAUAAAGAGUUUUGCACUACAUCUCUGACUCCCGGGAGAGCAGAAAUUACUCAUAGCUUUAUGAUUCUGAGAAGGGCAGUAAGAUCCUUUAUCAAAUUGUUCAGUCAUUAAAGGAUAAUAGGCUUAUGGGAUUACUCUUUGCAGUAACUGAUUCCUGAUGAUAAUAACAUGUUACAGUGGAGUAACGUGUGGCAGCUUUUAAAAGGUGAGUACUAUGAAAAAAAAAAAAAAACCCUGUAUGACGCAUUUAAAGAUAUUCAGGAAACAAAGUUUAUGAAUUGCUGUAGUCACUUCUCUAUAAUACUUUUGGUAACAAGACAGAUGAGCUUUUUCUUCCUCUCUCUUGUUGAGUAAGUGCCUGUUGUCAAAGUGGAUGGUGAAAGUGGAUGGCAGAGGUGACACGUAUGCCUGUCAUGCAUGUAUCAUGUACGUGCAUGUGGCCGUCAUGCAGGGAUGUGGAGGUGAAGGUUGUGUGGAGCCUUGAAGCCACCGAAAGCCCAAAUGUGGCCUUCCAGUGCCACAUUUCUGCGCACCCCAACAUGAAAUCCAGUUACAGCUGAGCUAGACACAACCCUCUUUUCAGGAAACAGACCCUUGUGUGCCAGAUCCCUUCUGUUUCUACACAAUUUAAUUCUUUUCCAUUAGUUCAAGGCGGUACCUAGCAUUGACAGGUGUAGGAAGAGCAGCGUCACCCCGAUCCAGCGUGAGACCUGGAGGAAAAUCAUCCUUCUUUGAAGCUCUAAGGACAGAAUUCCUGGCAGCACAGCCUCGGCAGUUCCACCUACUUCCUUACGUGAGGAAGUUGUACAGAAUGGAGAGCAGCUAAGGAAAGAAGGCUCCCCGCCAGAAGCCUUGAUUUCUGGAUGGCUGCAAAGGUUCGCUCAGCUCUACCUAGGCAGGGCCAGCUUCCUGCCUUUUAUCUUAGUCCUAGUGCUAAUCAGCUCAGAGCACAACACAAAACAAGCUCACCUGCACAACUGACUUAGAAAACAAAGUCACAUCAUUCUCCAUAGACCAAAGCUUCUGUUUUCCUCAUUAUGUUGUUUCUACUUCAACAAUUGGUUCUCAACAUCCACAGUAAUAGGUGGGCCAGGUCUGGGCAGAGCUUGCUCUGUUUUAGAUUCCUCCUCGUGAUUGUCACCUCACUUAAAAUGUUAGCAAACAUAAUAGUGGGAAAACAGAGACGGAACUCCACAAUGGCUUUGGUGGUGAAAUUUGUCUUCCACUUACUUGCUAUUUCAGACUUAUUGUAUUUGAAAAGCUUUCUCAUUGAUGAUGAUUUAUCUUUACAUGAACCUUUGUUGAAUACUACUAAUUUCUCCCCCUUUUUUUAAUUUCUCCCUAUUUUUUAAUUUUUAAAAAUUUCUUCUUAUUUUUCCUAUGGGCGGAUUGCUGGGGCAAUCAGGUAAUUCCAAAAAUAACAAUUUCCAGAAUUUUUGGCUAAUUUUCAAAAACUUUUGAACCUAUAGAACUAAGCCAGAAAAGCUCAAAGCUUAGUUUAAGAGAGAUACCAUUUGAUUCUGUUAUUAAGAACAGUGACUUCUGGAGUGUCUUAGCAGGGUCUCAUGACUACAGAGUUUUUCAUGUUUUCCUUGCACAUGAUGAUACUGUAGAGAGGAAGGCCCAGGCUUAGGACGAUGGUGUAAUGUCUGCAAUUCAUAGAUCAAUGUUCUAUUUAUAGUCUGUAGCCAAUGUUACUU